CUUCUCCUUCCAGCCUCAAUCCAAAAUAUCAUGGAAAUAAUAUCUGGCCUUGAAAAUAGCGUUUCACUUGUAUUAAUCUUAUCAUCGAUUAUUGUCGCCCUAUUUCUGGUUUUUAUCGCCCGUCGAUUUACGUCUCCUUCCGCACCGCUACGAAUCCAUCCCGAAAGUGAGCGAAAUGUUAAUGAAGUUCGUCAUUCUCGAGCCCUAAGAAAUAAUUGCGCCUCCAACGGCGAUUCUGCCUCUCCAUCUUCAAAUGUCACAGAGGAGGAUGCGUGUCCUAUUUGUCUAGAAAAUCUUAACUUUGCGGUUGAGACCAAUUGCCGGCAUAAGUUCUGUGGGGACUGUUUUUAUGCUUACUGGCAGACAUUUUCUCCACUGACCCAGCCAAACUGCCCCGUUUGUCGAAGUCAGCUGCGAUUCCUGCUUAAACGUUUUUCACCCACUGAUUUGGACGCUGGAAAUUCGUCAGAUCGAUUUGAAGUGGAGUCACGAAUAGCCGCUUUCAAUCGUCGUUUCUCAGGAAAUCCGGUUUCUAUCAUUGAUCAGAUACGCGACCUCCCAGUUUUGCUGCGCUACUGCUGGCGUAUAAUGUUUGACGGGGAGGGAGGAAUCUCGUGCCUGCUAAGGCUGCGUCUUAUUGUUCUCUCCCUCUUUGUCUUCUUCUACGUUGUAUCGCCAUUGGAUAUCUUUCCUGAGUCGAUGGUGGGUGUAUUCGGUCUCCUAGAUGACUGUCUCGUCUGUCUUGUCUUCUUCAUCUACGUGGCUGCCUUGUUCAGAGGACACUUGAUCGCUGAUGUUUGA